AUGACGUCCAGGACGUCAACAGUUUACAUUACCAAGCAUGGUUCUGAAGUUCUAGCACACGAAUGUCAAUCUGUGUACACCUUUGAAGGCCCCUUUCCGUGUGGAGCAAGCAGUGCUUUCCUUGAAAAAGGUUACUUGGUUGUUCAGGAUGCUGCCGAACAAGGCUUUCAUCUUCUAAGGUCAGUCCCGAGCGACCAAUGUCUUGAACCGUAUGUAUACAAGAUUGGGUCUGCGGCUUCCAGUGCAUCUUAUAACCUGCUGUUUCAUCCCUUAUCUUCGUUACAGGACUUUAAAAAAUGGAAAGAUGGUCUUACAUGGCUAAACGAGUUCCAUCUGGCCGAGUUUGGGAUCAGAGUUGUUCGUCAGAUGGUUGUUGGAUGGUUGCUCGAAGAUUAA